AUGUCAUCCGACUACGGAUCAGACAUUGACUCCGACGUCGCAGACGUCGUCGAUGAGAUUGUUUCGUCGCAGCAAGCUCCCCCUUCAUCCGCGCAAAUCCCACGACCUGCGCUAAAGCCACUUCAUACCAAUACAGCUCCUACGCCGCCGUCAUCCCACGAUAAAUCCGAUGGAAUUACUCUUCAACAAUGGCACCAAGCUGCUUCAACGCCGCCGUCAUCGUACAACGGAUCGCCCGUGAAAGCUCCCCAGCUCCCAGCUUCAUCACAGCAGUGGUGGGUUCGAGAUGGCUCAACGCCGCCGCCCUCGUUCGAUGACGAGCCAUAUCGCAUGACGUUUGGAAAACACGAGGGCAAGACGCUUGCGGAGAUACCAGACUCCUAUGUGAGGUGGUUGAUUAGGAAUCCCAUACCGAGUAGGCCGGUUGAGUUCACGGAUGCGCUGAAAGAAUGGGAAGAUGAGAAGGCGGGGAGGCGCACGGCAUCGUCGCAACCGCAAUCGCAAGCGUCGCAGAUGUCGAUGUCGUCGCAGACACAAGCUACACCGUCGUCUCAAGUCUACCAGGCUCCUCCUCCGUCGUCACAACCUGUGCUAUCGAGCUCGCAUGUCUCUAGAUACACAAAUCCUCCAUCGCCAUCUCGUUCGCCGUCGCCAGGGCUGGUCGCACAGCAACCACCUCCUUCGUCACAGCCCACGGCACCUCAGAAAUCGCCUGAUGCACCUCUAUACGUCCUUCCUUUCGGCGAAUACAAAGGCAAGACUCUGCUCGAGGUUCCAGAGGACUACCUCUACUAUCUGGGUGCGAGCGAAGAUAAGUUAGCUACUUUGCCUGGUUUGGCUGAAGCGCUCGGCUUGAUGCAGAAGGAUCUGCCUCCAGUCGCUAUGGAGCCUAUGGCGCCGAGUCAGACUUCAUCGCAGACUCUACCACCGCCAUCAUCUGAACCGCCUGCAUCUAGCCAGAUUUCCAUGGCAAGUCAGUCGCAGCAGACUCAGCCGCCACCUUCUACUGCGCCUAGCCAUUACUCCCUCUGCAAGGACGACAUGCCGAAUAGUUCGCAACCUCCCGCACCGCAACUCUCUGCCUCGCAACCUGCACCGCAGCCUCCCUCCUCUCAACCUCCACCCCGCAAACAACCAUACCGUUUCGACUUCGGCAAGCACGAAGGCAAAACCAUCGCCGAAGUCCCUCCCGACUACAUGGCCUUCCUGAAGAGCAAGGGUUUCACCGAGACAAACGAGACACUGGCCGCAGGAGUUGCAGAGUACGAACGCCACCACCCACCCAUCGGGACUCCGCGCAAGGGAGAAUACAGAUUUACGUUCGGCAAGCAUGAAGGAAAGACUGUGGCGGAAGUACCCUCUCAGUACAUCUGGUGGCUCAAAACCCAAACGAGUAUUCCCAAGGACAAAACCUAA